CAGCAGACAGCCGACCGCGGGCGGAGCAUCGCACAGGACCCCGCCCCGCCCCUCCCGCCCGCCGGCGGAGCCGAGGCUGCACUGCCCGCGGCACUCUGCACUCGGCCGCGGGCUGCGGGACUGGCGGGUGGCGAUGGCGGCGGCGGGUGCGGCGGCGGAGGACGGGAUGGAGCCCCGGGCGCUGCAGUAUGAACAGACGCUGAUGUAUGGUCGCUAUACUCAGGACCUCGGGGCCUUUGCCAAGGAGGAAGCUGCUCGAAUCCGCCUGGGGGGACCUGAGACCUGGAGGGAUUUGCCUCCCCCGAGGGCCCCCCCAGAGCUCCUGGAAUACGGACAGAGCCGCUGUGCCCCCUGCCGCAUCUGCUCGGUGCGUUGCCACAAGUUCCUGGUGUCCAGGGUGGGCGAGGACUGGAUCUUCCUGGUGCUACUGGGGCUGCUCAUGGCACUGGUCAGCUGGGCCAUGGACUACGCCAUUGCCGCCUGUCUGCAGGCUCAGCAGUGGAUGACGCGGGGCCUGCACGCCAACCUGCUGCUGCAGUACUUGGCCUGGGUUACCUACCCUGUGGUGCUCAUCACCUUCUCCGCCGGCUUCACGCAGAUCCUGGCUCCGCAGGCUGUCGGCUCGGGCAUCCCGGAGAUGAAGACCAUCCUGCGGGGCGUGGUGCUGAAGGAGUACCUUACCCUAAAGACCUUUGUGGCCAAGGUCAUCGGGCUGACCUGCGCUUUGGGCAGUGGGAUGCCCCUGGGCAAGGAGGGCCCUUUCGUGCAUAUUGCUAGCAUGUGUGCUGCCCUGCUCAGCAAAUUCCUGUCCCUCUUCGGGGGCAUCUAUGAGAGUGAGUCCCGGAACACCGAGAUGCUGGCCGCGGCCUGCGCUGUAGGAGUGGGCUGCUGCUUCGCGGCACCCAUCGGAGGAGUCCUGUUCAGCAUCGAGGUCACGUCCACCUUCUUCGCUGUGCGCAAUUACUGGCGGGGCUUCUUUGCUGCCACCUUCAGUGCCUUCAUCUUCCGCGUCCUGGCAGUCUGGAACCGGGAUGAAGAGACCAUCACUGCUCUCUUCAAAACGCGCUUCCGGCUCGACUUCCCCUUCGACCUGCAGGAGCUGCCAGCCUUCGCAGUCAUCGGCAUCGCAAGCGGUUUUGGGGGUGCCCUCUUUGUCUACCUGAACCGGAAGAUAGUUCAGGUGAUGCGGAAGCAGAAGACCAUCAACCGUUUCCUCAUGAGGAAGCGCCUGCUCUUCCCGGCUCUGGUGACCCUGCUCAUCUCCACCCUGACCUUCCCCCCUGGCUUCGGACAGUUCAUGGCUGGACAGCUUUCCCAGAAAGAGACUCUGGUCACCCUCUUUGACAACCGGACUUGGGUCCGCCAAGGCCUAGUGGAGGACCUAGAGCCACCUGGAACCUCCCAGGCCUGGAGCCCGCCACGUGCCAACGUCUUCCUUACCCUGGUCAUCUUCAUCCUCAUGAAGUUCUGGAUGUCUGCACUGGCCACCACCAUCCCAGUGCCCUGUGGGGCCUUCAUGCCAGUUUUUGUCAUCGGAGCGGCAUUUGGGCGGCUGGUUGGCGAAAGCAUGGCCGCCUGGUUCCCAGAUGGGAUUCACACCGACAGCAGCACCUAUCGGAUUGUGCCUGGGGGCUAUGCAGUGGUGGGGGCUGCGGCACUGGCUGGGGCAGUGACACACACGGUGUCCACCGCCGUGAUUGUGUUCGAGCUGACGGGCCAGAUCGCCCACAUCCUGCCGGUCAUGAUCGCUGUCAUCCUGGCCAACGCCGUGGCCCAGAGCCUGCAGCCCUCGCUCUACGACAGCAUCAUUCGCAUCAAGAAGCUGCCCUACCUGCCCGAGCUGGGCUGGGGCCGCCACCAGCAGUACCGGGUGCGAGUGGAGGACAUCAUGGUGAGGGACGUGCCCUACGUGGCACUCAGCUGCACCUUCCGGGACCUGCGGCUCACGCUGCAUAGGACCAGGGGCCGCGUGCUGGCCCUCGUGGAGUCUUCAGAGUCCAUGAUCCUCCUGGGCUCCAUUGAGCGCGCACAGGUGGGUGCCCUGCUGGCCGCCCAGCUGAGCCCAGCGCGCAGGCGCCAACACCUGCAGGAGCGCCGAGCUGCCCAGCCCUCCCCGCCUUCCGACCAGGAGGGGCCCCCCAGCCCCGAGACUGCCGUACGCUUCCAGGUGAACACGGAGGACUCAGGCUUCCCAGCACCCCGGGGAGACACCCACAAACCCUUGAAGCCUGCCCUCAAGAGGGGGCCCAGCACCACAACAAAUCUUGGAGAGAGUCCCACAGGGAAUGUGGAACAAGCAGGCAUCGCCCUCCGGAACCUCUUCUGCGGCAGCCCCACUCCCGAGGCGUCAGAGUCGAAGUCGGAAGCCUGUGAAAAGCGCAAGCUGAAGCGGGUGCGAAUCUCCCUGGCGAGUGACUCGGACCUGGAAGGCGAGAUGACCCCUGAGGAGAUCCUGGAGUGGGAGGAGCAGCAACUCGAUGAGCCUGUCAACUUCAGUGACUGCAAAAUUGACCCCGCGCCCUUCCAGCUAGUGGAGCGGACCUCUUUGCACAAGACACACACCAUCUUCUCACUGCUGGGAGUGGACCACGCUUAUGUCACCAGCAUCGGCAGACUCAUUGGAGUUGUCACCCUGAAGGAGCUCCGGAAGGCCAUCGAGGGCUCCGUCACGGCCCAGGGGGUCAAGGUCCGGCCACCCCUCGCCAGCUUCCGGGACAGCGCCACCAGCAGCAGCGACACAGAGACCACUGAGGUGCAUGCAUUGUGGGGGCCCCGCUCCCGACAUGGCCUCCCCCGAGAGGGCAGCCCUUCUGACAGCGAUGACAAGUGCCAGUGAUGCCCCUGAGGGCCUGCCUGGGAGAAGCGGGGCAGGGGCAGUUUGGAGCCCUGGCCCUGUAGCAAGUGCUCGGGGAGGGGACAUAAUCAGCACUGCCCUGCCAACACCUGGCCUCCACUCCUACUCAGGGGGCCCUGCAGGGUGGGAGGAGGGGUCAAAAUGGGUUCAUACUGGAAUCUCCAAUGACCAGAUGUAUAUAGAGAUUUACAAAGAUUUUUAUAUUAAUUUAAUAAAACAGAUUCUUAAAUAGAACAAAAUAAACACCUAAUGAGCCUGUAGUA